CCGUGUUGGCCGCUCUCAGGUUCCUCUCUGCUAAAAGCGGUCCAUGGCAUCUCUCCUUCUCUCUGGUCACACUUUCAGACUUCUCUCUAUAUGUGUUACAGGAAGAAGUUAAAGAACGUUUAUUACAUAUAAGAGAGGAAAAAUAUCUGUUUUGAAAAUAGAAAAACAAGGAAAUAGGAAAGUUGCAAAGAAUCUACAAAUUGACUUAUCGACAUAAGCACGUCAGGAAUAACGCAAUAUUUUAACGCAAUAGAUUAAACAUACAUAAGAACUGGAUAAAAAUGCAGCGUAUAGCAGUUUGCACUAUUCGUAAUAUCUUAGGCCGUCAGUCAUAUACUACUGCAACUGUGCAGAAACAAGUGAUAUCUGCUACUUUUAAAGUUCAGGAUCUCAAAGACUUUGAUGAACGAGUGAAAAACUCCAAAGUACCUGUUAUUAUAGAUUUUUUUGCAACAUGGUGUAAUCCUUGUCGCAUGUUAACCCCAAGAAUAGAAACUGUUGUUGCUGAAAAACAAGGAAAGAUAUUAUUAGCUAAAGUUGACAUUGAUGAAAAUACAGAUCUUGCUCUUGAUUACCAUGUUGGAUCUGUACCUGUACUCAUUGCUAUGAAGGAUGGAAAGGUUUUGGAGAGAAUUGUUGGUCUUCAAGAUACUGAUAAACUUAGACAAUUUGUUAACAAAUACGCAGAAUAAAAAGUGUAGCUAAAAAUUAUUACAUAAAUACAUUUUUAACAAUUGCAAUA